AUGGCCCCAAUGAGUGCUUCAAUACCUUCCGACAAUGUUAUCCGCGGAGACGACACUGAGCCGAGUGAGGAUCCUCGCCACGCCCGUGACAGACACGCAGCCAUCGCCAGUGCCGCCCGUUUCGCCGAGUUCCUCCACAACACGGUGCCCACGGCGCUCGUCCCCGCCGAGCUGCACACCUACAUCCGCCGCGAGGCCAACGCCCGCCUCGACGCGGCUCGGGAAGCGGGCGUGUCGCUCGAGCAAGUCACCAUCGGCGUGGAUGGGCUCCCGACGUGGCCGGGCGGCCUGGCGUGGGACCCAGACGCCGAGUCACUGCACGCGCACCUGCAGAACCGGCUGAUUGACUGGGACGCGGCGCGCGAGCUCGGCGACCUCGUCCGCGGGGAUAUAGUCUCCAAGGGGCGCCUGAAGCUGGCGCAGGCGCGGGAGAUGGGCAUCACGCUGCGGGACGUUUACAUCGGCCGGAACCUGCUGCCAGAGUGGACGUUGGGACGAGCCGUUUCUACCGCUGCUGCUGCUGCUGCUGCUGCUGCCGACAACAAAUAUAGCGACUUUGACGACGACGACGACGACGAUUCGGACAUGGAGUCGAUCACGAUGGGAUCACGGCAGUCGUCGGGGGAGUCGGCCCAAACCCCUCUCACCGACGUGUUCGACACGCACCCCGGCGGCAGCGCCGUCGAGGGGCCGCCCAGCAACAGCCCCGUGUCGGCGUGUAAUAGCGACGACUCGAGCGACUGGGACGACACUAUUGGGAUGAACAACUUUGUGCUGCCAGUUCCCGAGUAUGAGGAGCCGGACGAGGAUGAGGACGAAGUCGAGGGCAACGACGUGCGGGUGGCGGUGGGCGACAGCAACGUUGUGCACAACGUACAAGUUGUGGGCGGCCAACCCGGAACGAGCCAUGAAUUUGACCUUGAAGUCUACUUGCUUGAGGACGAUGACGAGGACAUCGCGCAUAUGCCCGAGGUGGAACUCUUCAUCGACGAUGGAGACGCCUACGAACAUCACUACGGGGCCGAUAAGGCUGUUGACGUGGAGCUGCCUGUGGGACAUUACUUUGUCCCCGCCGGCGUGGAGGAGGCCGGCGACGACGAUGACGAUGACAGAGAUGGGGACGGAGACGAGGCGCACUCAUCGGUCACAGAGCCAAUCUACGCGCAGACACAACCUAUUGCUGUCCACGACGAUGAAGAAGAAGAAGACAACAUUUACGACGACAGCCGUGCGGGAUCACCCGUGCCAAGAGCGAUAGAGGAGGAAGAUGGAGCCUCGUCACAGCAUUCGGAGGAGGUAACGGACGACGAAAACGGCCGCGGUGACGAAGGAGAAGAGGCGGCGGCGGCGGCGGCGGCAGCGGCAGAGAUUGUGGGUGGUCAUGGUGGCGAGAGACGGGAGGUAGCUGCGGCCCAACAUCAACAUGAAGGCCUGGUGAUGAAGAGGCUGAGGAAGCGCAGGCAGGGAGAGGGAGAGGCAUCAUCAUCGGCUUAUGAGAAGACGUCAUGA